CUGGCAGCAGCUCAAACACCUCAAGACAUUCUCAUUCCUCUCCUGCAAUAUCUUCUCCAUCUGUCUCUCCGAGACAGAGAGAAGCCUGAUCGAAGAGACGAGAGAAGCAGAUCCUUAUUGCAAAGCACACAGCAUGAUCCCAAGAGCGCCGAGCCUCUUCCACCUCGAGGAGGGGCUGGGCGCCUCCACCUCGACGCCAACAAUGGCGGCCUCGGGCGCCGGCGAGCUCGUGGGGCUCCGCCUCAUCAUACAGCCGUCGCCGAGGAAACAGCGGCCGACGGUCCUGAGGAGGUCCGCGGUGAGGACCCCGGCGGCGACGAGCGCGUCCAGCAAGUGCGGCCACGAGAACGGCCGCCGGAUGUCGUUCGUGGGGCUGGAGUUCCUGAAGCGCUGCUUCUGCUGCCACAAGAACCUGGACGCCACCAUGGACGUCUUCGUGUACAAAGGAGAGCAAGCGUUUUGCAGCGCCGAGUGCCGGUGCCAGCACAUGGCGAAAGAGGAGCGGCGAGAGAUCGAAAUGCUCAUCAGGAAGCGCCGCGACGCGUUCCACCGUCGGCACGCUGGAGCGGCGCCCAAUACGCAAGGAUCGAAUCGGUUCAUGAGACUGCAAACCGCUGCGCGAUGAUCCUAACUUACACACAUAUGUGGAAGAAGAGCUUCUGUUACCGUAGUCUCAUACGGUAAAAAUUUUGUUGCCUUUCUUCAAAUCGCCUAAGUUAUUUAAUUAAUGGAUCAACAACCAAACCACCCAUUUUAUGGAAAUGGAGAGUAGCCUUAUUCAAAUUCAAAGCGCUUUAUAAUCUUUAACCAGUUCUGCCCUUCAAUAUAAUUUUACAAAGUAAGCGCUAUAGCUUGUUUCCAAUA